AUGGGUUACAGCGAAGUGGCAUGGGAAGAGGGAAACCAAAGCUCCUUGGGGGAAUUCAUCCUGCUGGGGGUGUCUGACCGGCCACAAUUGGAGCUGCUGCUUUUUGUGCUCAUCUUAAUCUCCUAUGUCAUGACACUGCUGGGAAACACCACCAUCAUCGUGGUCUCAUGGCUGGACCCCUGUCUCCACACGCCCAUGUAUUUCUUCCUCAGCAACCUCUCCUUCCUGGACCUUUGCUACAGUACCAGCCUUGGCCCCCAGAUGCUGGUGAACUUCCGCAGCGCCCGCAAGUCCAUCCCUUGGGCCGGCUGCGUGGCCCAGCUCUACAUCUCCCUCUCGCUGGGCUCCACCGAGUGCCUCCUGCUGGCUGUCAUGGCCUACGACCGCUACGCCGCUGUCUGCCAGCCGCUGCGCUACACGGCCAUCAUGAGCCGCCGCCUCUGCCUGCAGAUGGCGGUUACCACCUGGCUGAGCGGCUCUGGCAACGCACUGGUGAAGACGUUGCUGACUCUGCGGCUGCCCCGGUGUGGGAGGAAUCAGAUCGACCACUUCUUCUGCGAGGUGCCGGCCCUGCUCAAGCUGGCCUGCGCUGACACCUCCACCAACAUGGCUGAGCUCCUCACCGGCAGUGUGUUUUUUCUGCUGCUGCCGCUGGGCCUCAUCCUGGUUUCCUAUGGCUACAUCGGCACCGCCGUGCUGAGGAUGCGUUCGGCCGAGGGCAGGCGCAAGGUCUUCAACACCUGCACCUCUCACCUGGCCGUGGUGUCGCUUUUGUACGGCACGGCCAGCUACAUGUACCUGCUGCACCCGUCCCAGGACCGGGGCAAGCUCGUCUCGCUCUUCUACACCAUGGUGACCCCCAUGCUCAACCCCUUGAUCUACACACUGAGGAACAAGGAGGUGCACGGGGCCCUGCGGAGAGUGCUGGGGAGGAACCCGACCUCUCAGGGGACCUGA